AUGGCGAAUGUUAAGGUUAAGGAUCUACUUAAGAAUGAAAAGAAAAAGAAUUAUGUUUCUUGUAUGAUAGCUCUUCAUAAAACCGCAGAAGCCGUGUCACCUUUUACCGAUGGAAUACUUCAACAACUUCAUCAGCAAAUUUCACAACAACUAGGCAGUCAAAACCUUUGCCAACAACAAUGCAGCCGGACUAUCCGAGAUGUUAACAAAUGGUGCGUCACCUGUGGAUUGUGGAGACAAGCGUUGAAACGGUUUCAUACAAAUCCGAGGGAACUGAUAUGGCAUAAGCUUCAAUCAUGGGAAUGGCCAAAACAACACAUGAACCUUGUUGAAGUGUUUAUGCUGCAACACUGGGAUAAAGCUAACAUGGAUGCGCGUGAUUUGUCAGUUUCAAUUACCGUGUGGAAAAAGUGUUCUCUAUUUCCAGCCAGAAUAUUUCCUUUUGCUGAUAAUUUACGGAAAAGCAGGAACAAGUUAGCCCACUCGGCGUCGCUAGAAAUAGACAAUAAUGACAAGCAAACUGUCUUUCAUAAUAUAAAUCAAGUUAUUCAACAAGCCGAUAUGGUAAACUAUUUACAGAAUUCCCUCGAGAUACAAAACGAUAUGAAUGACCUUGAAAAUGGUGACCUUUUUAAGUUUGAAGACGAGUUGUAUGAAAUACUGAACAAAACAAACCAAGUGGAUAAGAAACUACAUACUAUGGAUUCAAAAUUGACCGAGGUGCACGAGGCCCAGACUAAGACAUUUAGAACUAUUGCCAAUAUUAUACGUGCUCUUUUAUUAUUUUCUGUUAUAUUAGUUGCGACAAUUGCGGUGAAGUUAAAAGAACCAGACAUAUCCAUGGCCUCCGGUAUAUCGCCAAUCAAAGCAUCAGGGGAGACAAUGGGUUGCCUGCAGGAGUAUUCGCCUUCGUUUCCAACAUCACUGCUGCUUGUCGAUUACUUCAAACAUCAUGGACCUCUCGUUGGGCGGAUAUGGCUGUUCAAGUUACUCGAGGAAGAACUGAAAAAUACAAAGAAAAGUGGCGUUCUACUCGAAGCUGACAUGGGGUAUGGGAAAUCUGCUAUUGCUGCUCACAUUACAUGUGCCAAAGAGGGUGACCAAGGUAUGGAACUGAGAAAAAGGCUUAUUGCUUUUCAUGUUUGUAAAUUUGAUGUCAAGAAAACACACCAGGCAGGAAUCUUCAUUCAACGGCUAGCUUCAAUGAUCUCAAACAAUAUUCCAGAAUUUAACGAGACUAUUAACGACUGUUUACAUUCCUUCAAUACCGAGCAAUGCGAUUCCGACCCAUUUGGUUGCAUAGAUAAAUGCAUAAUUUUCCCAUUAAAACUAACGAAUAUAUCUGAUGAAAGAAAAGAAUACAGGCUCAUAAUUAUCGAUGCUUUGGAUGAAUGCUAUGAAACAUUUUCCUUUGAAAAAACGUCACGAGAUGUUUGA